CUGCUGUAGAAGCUUGUCUGCUGCACUGCUUAAAGAAGCGAGCCCUGGGUCUCUUCAAGUAUGGCUCCACAAUGGCACUGUUACAGAAAGUCUCAAAAACAUUUGAGCCAGCGGCGGAAGUCUCCCGUCUGGCUGCCGAGUUGGAAACAAGCAGUUCCACUGAACUGUCAGGAUCAAGAAAAUCCUUGGAUAACAACAAAAAUCAGACUAAAAAAUCAACUUCUGCUUCUUCCAGUCCAAAGUAUCUGUGGCUGCGUUUGGCCAUUUUUGAGAAAAAACUGGCAAAAAUUCUGGACUAUCUGGUGCAAAAUAGCAGUAAAUAUUACGAACAAGAUGCCCUGAUAGCUGAUCCCGUCGAUGGCCCUAUCUUUGCCUCACUGCUGGUUGGGCCAUGUGCACUUGAUUAUACAAAGAUGAAAACAUCAGAUCACUACUGGACUGACCCCCCUGCUGAUGAGCUAGUCCAGAGACAUCGUAUUCACUCCAGUGGAAGCCAUGCUUUCACUUCCCCAGGCUCACCUAAAAGACAGGGGUUGCAGGUUCGUCGUGAUGCCAGCAAUGCCUCAGAAGAAGCCAGGGAUCCAAAAUGUUUCCACAUGUCGGCCAGAGAGUAUGUGGAAUCUCUACAUCAGAACUCAAAACUGACACUUUUGUAUGGGAAAAACAAUGUCCUGGUUCAGCCGAGGGAGGACAAGGAGGCUCUUGCAGGAUACCUGUCCCUGCAUCAGAGCUCCGAGGGUCUCAUCAUCAUGUGGACACCCAAUCAGUUGAUGAAUGGUUGUUGUGUGGAGGAAACAGAUGAGACAGACAGAAGCCAGUACUGGGAAUUUGCCAUGACUAUCUAUGUUGAUGAGAUUGUCUACAUUCAUUGCCACCAACAAACCGACUGCCAAGGCACAGUGGUUCUUGUUGGCCAGGAUGGAGUGCAGCGCCCUCCUAUCCACUUCCCCAAGGGAGGCCACCUGCUGUCUUUUCUGUCUUGCCUGGAGAAUGGUUUGCAGCCCACUGGUCAGCUUGACCCCCCAUUGUGGUCACAGAAGGGAAAAGGCAGGGUGUUCCCAAAGCUUCGGCGUAAGGGCAGUCGUCUGUCCAGCAGUAGCAGCACCAGCAGUGGCAGUACCACCAGCAUGGACGAGGAGGAGGCCGCGGACUACGUUUUUAGAAUCAUCGCCACUUUCAAACCUGAAAUACUGACACCAGAAAUGUUGGAUCCUAAAGCUUCCCGUACACCACGUUCCCCUGUGUCUCCAGAACGUUCUCCAUGGCCAGUACGCCGCCACCUUCCUCCAAGCCCCCUGGUUCAUACAUCCAUACAGUCUUAUGCUCGCACACAGGAAGAGCAGAACAAUACAUGUCUAGUACAGGCAACUGCUGAUUCGACUCAUAGGAAUCACAUUAAGCAGUUGUGUGACACAAUGACAAAGCAGAUCAUCUCCAGGGCAUUUUAUGGAU